CACGUUCUCUAUCGCCACAUAUUCCCAGAAUGUGGCAGUCAAUACAGCUUGAAGAUGAGAAAACUGACAGUGACUGGGACCUUUUAGACGGCUACAAUGGCCCCCGCACCCCCUCCACGAUAAGUGAUACAGAGAACGGCCCCAACCCUCAGCAAUACGAUUGUGAUGCAAGCGAUGAUGGAAGCGACGAAGAGUAUGGAGUAGCUAGUUCGGCCACGGCAGCUCCAAAGAGAAAGAAGGGGGGUUACGACAGUCGCAUUGAACAAAUACUGUAUGAGAACCCAGAGCUUCCAAUUUUGAUCGUGGAUGCAGGCAAAAGCAACGAGGCUGGUGGAAAAUAUAUCGUGUAUACCAUCAGGACAGGCGUGAGUUACUAAGCCCGUGUAAUAAAGCUAGGAUCAGAUACUGAAUAAUUCCAUAGGACCUUGAAGUUCGUCGAAGAUACUCGGAAUUUGCGACACUUCGAGACGCUCUCUCCAGAUUACAUCCGACUCUCAUCAUACCUCCAAUCCCAGAGAAGCAUACCAUCGCAGACUACGCCGCAAACCCCACCAAGGCAAAACAGGACCAACAUACAAUCGAUCUACGCAAAAGAAUGCUUGCGGUUUUUCUUAAUAGGUGUAGAGCAAUGGACGACGUGCGGAACGAUGGUGUCUGGUGGAGGUUUUUAGAUCCAAAUUCGAGCUGGGUAUGCUAUGAGCUGCAUUUUAGGCUUAAUGGAAUAUUGCUGACUUCAUAUAGAACGAAGUUCUACAUUCACACCCAAUUGCGAGCAUACCAAAAUCUAUUUUGAAAGCCCCACCUCUCGAUGCUUCAAACCCAACACCCGCCCAUAGUUAUCUCCCGGUUCCAGCCCCGUCCGCUAGACUCAAGGGAACCUUGUCAAGUAACACGAAUGCUCAAGGAAUGCCAAAUAAACCUACUGAAUACCAAGCAAGUCCAUCAGCUGCCGCCCACACGACGCCUGGGAUUCAAAUUUUUGGAAGAUUUCCCCCUGACACCCAAAAUCUAAGUGAACAAGAACUUGAUCCGUACUUUAUAAAUUUCGAGGCUUCUUCAAAGGAGCUGGAAACGCUUCUCACUGGACCAAUCGAGAGGGUCAAUCGACGAACUUUGACACAUCUUUCAAAUAUGUCUGCUGAUUUAUCCGAGCUUGGAGCUAGAUACAAUGGGUUUUCUCUAUCAGAACCAUCGCCUUCUCUUGCUGCAGCCAUUGAGCGCGUUGGUCAAGCAGUGGAUUCGUCUUAUAUUGCAACCGAAGAGCUUUCGGGAUCAUUAGGAGCAAGUUUCGCUGAGCCCAUGCGCGAAAGUUCCCAAUUUGCUGGAGUGGUUCGAAGUGUACUCAAAUAUCGGGUCAUGAAGCGAAUUCAGCAGGAAAUGACGAAUGAUGAAUUAGCGAGGAAGCGAGCAGCUUUGGAGUCGUUCGAAACUAGCGAAUCUCAGGCGAAACGAAUUGAUCAAUACCUGAGUAAAAGCGGUACUUUGAAUACUCCCCGAAGGUCAAAUUCCUCCGCUAGAGAAUCCCCAACCCCAAGACGAGAAAAUGCUCAAGAAGACACUGCGUCCAUUGAUUCAGAUUUUCCACCUACUCAUGGAGAUGUAUCAACCACUCCUUCGGCUGCUCAAGGGGCACCGGAAGCCCAACCACCCGUCCAUCGUAAGAGUUCGAGUGGAAACUUUAUCACCAACAAGAUAUUCGGCAGAAUUAGCCAUGCGGUGCAUGGGGUUGUGGACGUUGACCCGGAAAGAACAAGACGGGAUCAAAUCGGUAGGACGAGAGAAUCGAUUGCACAUCUAGAGCAAGCACAGCUUGUUUCGGCUCAAGAUGUGAAGGACGCAAGCGCAGGAACUCUGAAAGACUUGAAGAGGUUCCAAGCUGAGAAGGAGGACGAUUUGAAGCGGUAUAUGGUGAGUAAUGCAAUAUCGUACUUUCUCGAAAAAACUACUGACCUAUUAAAAGCUUGCAUAUGCGAGAAGUCAAAUCGUUUGGGCUAAGAAAAAUAAGGAGACAUGGGAAGAAGCCAAGGCAGAAAUUGACAAGAUAGAUGAGAGCUGACGAGGACAUUGAUAGGUUGGGCAUGUUAAAGGUAUUAGGAUGUAUUUCCCUGAAUAUGGAGACACCAUGAAGGCGUUCUAGGGGUGUAAUUAGGUAAUGACCAGACAUAACUGCCAGCGCAGGAAUAGAAAUAUUUGAGUGUAAUACCUGGA